AUUAUUUUGCCACUGAGCAACGUGGCACAAAACUAAAGGUCUCCCCUGCCAACUACAACUAUACGCCCUGUUCUAGAAUAUUCUAGAGCCACGUGGAACUAAAUGACAACCAACAAAUCGCAUUCAAGUGAGCAGAAAAUGUAGUGACGAACACGUUUAUUCGCAACCACGUGAUCAAUGACGUCAGUGACGCGCGCGCCAAAGACGUCAUCAGCCACUUCUGUCCAACGCGAUCAUUUGUCGUACGUUCGUAGCAGCAGCAACAUCGUGUGGUUCGCAAUCCUAGAAGUCAGUCGUCGAAAACGCGGCAGCGAGAAAAAAGACAACCGAAUCAAGUUUACUACAUCAUUAGUAGCUCAAACGCCACACUGUAUUCGACAGCGAAUUGGUCGGAUCAGACCACCGUUAUCACGGAGGAAUUUACAAGCAGUUUUUGCGAUCAGCUUGAUGCGUCCGAGCCGGCAUGUGUCGACAUGCACUCGAUGGCUGAUCUCACAUUGUACGGCAAUGACGGCACAUACGACAAGAACGAGACGAAACCAGCGACAGCGUCGUUGACAACUCGCAUUGACGACAUCGGGUUUGGGCUCGGUCCGGCUGAGCCAUCGCUUGAUCUGAGCAGGGGUCAUGUGAGCUUUCUAGAUGGCCAAUCCACACCAGCCGUUGAUGAGCUACUGGAAGGGUUUUACUUUGGCGGUGCUGCUCCCCCUGUUCCCACACCAGUCGCUCUGGUGACAGUGGCUAGAGAAUUCAUUGACCUGCCUACUAUCAAGGUGGAACCAACGGAUUUUUCCACUCAGCAACGAUGGAAAAGUUUCGUCGACACAGAGCACAGCUACUACACCAGCGGGGCUUCAUCAUCGUCAUGCAGCCCCCCUAGAGCCGCCGCCACGCCCGGCCCCGUCGCUGCCACGCCCGGCCUCGCGGCGGCCACGCCCGGCACCGCGGCGGCCACGCCCGGCCCCGCACCUGCGGCUGGAGGCAAGAAGUCCGCUAGUAAGAAGCGGGCGGCGCCCAAGGGCUCGGUGCAGUACGUGGAGCGACGCGAGCGCAACAAUCUCGCCGUGCGCAAGUCACGGCAGAAGUCGAAGCAGCACAACGUGGCGAUGGGGCGGCGGGUGCAGGAGCUGGCCGCGCACAACCACUCGCUGCAGACCAAGGUGGACCAGCUCACCAAGGAGCUGGACAUGCUGAAGCAACUCUUCAGCGUGGCGGUCAAAGACGGCGCGUCGGCGCGGUGAGACCACGCUCCGCCUCGCGGCGACAACGAACAAUGGCAGCACGGCGCCACCUGGUGGUCACCGCUGAACUCGCCCUGGUCUUGUUUCGACAUCGGGUUUUAUACUUGACAGAAGUGACAUGUCGUUUCGAUUUGCGUGCUGACACAAUCGAUAAUUGUUGCUACGCGGUGUUACCUAAGCGCAUACUGAUACAAUUCGUCAUUGCACUGUGCGUUUAAGAGACUGAACUGGCCUUCAUCAGUCCCACAUGGGUUGUACUUGGUCCGUUGUUGGCCAUCUUCGAACUUCUCCUCGUCACGUGUGUGUGUAUAGUAGGUGCCUAAGUGACGGGAUGAUGUGUGGCAUUUAUACUGGAGUUUGGUCAGUCAAUCAUGUUGUUUGUCAAUGCGGAUUAAUCAUAGAACACCAGUAUCCUCUCAAGACAUUAUAGCAAAGAAUAUUAAUAGCUGGCAGUUGCUUUGCCACUCGUCACGAGUUGCCACAUGAUUUUUAAAUGGUUUCAAGUAUUUAUAUAAAUCACUAGGGAAGCUUAUUUAUUCGAGUAUUUAUCAGACACAUGCAUGUGGUUUACUGUGAGAGUUCACCUGUUAGGAACUGGAUUAUGUGGAAAUAAUUACGAGAUGAGUGCAGAGUUGUUUCUUACUAUCUGUUUGUCGCAACAAGUAUCUUUUAUAUGACUAUAUUAUAUAUAUAUGAUAAUAUCGUAUGUUCGUGCAUUGAGUAUUUAUCUUGAAUGUUAGCUCUGUAUCCCUGUGACCACUGAACUGGGUGUGUUGUGAUCGUUAAACAAAGCCUGAUCGUAAACGCAUGCAAUCACCAUGAUUUUUGUGUAACGAUUCUGAGAUGUAACUUCUCAUUGGAAUUGGUAUCAUGUUAUUAUAUUUUUUUAAAUAAUAAUAACACUGCCGUUAAACCAA